UGUCACACAUCACCAACUUUAACGCGUACCCCCAAUUAAUUCACAUGGGCUUUCUAUACGUCUGCCUUACUUCACCUUGAUCGCCGACUACCUAGAAGGGAAUUGUCUACCCCCCCUUGGCAUUUGUGAAGUCUGCACUUUGUUUCUUUUGCAACGAAGUCCUAUUCUGCUUAGGACAAUUGCGUAGCGCUCGAACGCUUUGCACAUCUAUCGCGACUCUACAUCUUAUACAUACCACCCCGACCUCUUUUCUACAACAUUAAAAGGUCACCAGAGAGCCUGUCCCUCUUAUACCGCAUCAACUAUUCAUUUCCUAGGUCCACUUGACACCAUUCGUAACUUUCCACUUAUUGGAAAAUGCACUAAAUCAUGGGAAAUCAACUGAGCACUGAGGUGAAAACUGAGUUUGAUGGUGUAGAAGGCGAUCCGGAUUUAACACCCCCCCAUCCUUCUCAUCCGCCGUAUACUCCCCAGUCUCCCGACAUUGUGUUCUCGAGUCAAGUGCCCCCAUCCGCAACUCGUCUGCCUCCCAGUCCGACUCAUCAACAAUAUAAUCAAUUAGACAUCAAAAUGUCUAGCUCACCUCCCCCACAACAGCCAGCUGCGGUGUUGCCAAAGCAUAGCACCGAAGUCGAAAUACCCGAAUCUCCAGAUUAUAAACAGCAGAUUUCAACCCCAGUCCCUGGAUCAAGCAAAUCCAAGAAACGAAGACGCGGAAAUCGACCCAGUCUAAUAUCACAACACCGCUUCCUCGACCUCGAUAAUGUAGUGGAUAACGAAACAAACCUGAAUAGUUCCUCUCCAGGUGCCGAGGAAGGUUCUCUCAGUGCACGCCGUAGGCGUAAGAAGCGCAACAAAAUGCGCCAAAAGAAAGCACAAUUGCAAGCAUCUCCUGAUUUAGGCAACCUUGAAAUGCCUAACGACCCCAUUCAAUCAUUGGAAGCCGAUGAAGUCCAAGAGACUCAACAAAGUCCCAUCAUUGGCUUGCAUACUACCAACAGUACGACUACAGAGUCUAUACCAUCAAGGGUCUCGUUGUCAAAGAAACGCAAGAUACUGGGCUCUGCUACCAAGGACAGAAAGAGACAAAAGCUCGACAUCAAUGGUAGCCUUGGAGUGAAUUCGGUAACUUCAUUCAGUGGCCUUGCUGAGAGUCUCUAUGCCGGUCGCAAGAAGAACAGGAAGGCUUUGGAAGUCAUUGAGGAUGACUCCAUGGACACCAGCAUCCCAAGAGUGUCGCCGGGCAACCUUAGGCAAGAAUCCAUAUCACACGAUUCUUCGGUCUCCGAUUCGAACACGAACAGUAACAGCCCAAACCUUGAACAGGCUAUACACCCCAGCACAGAAUCCAACGAGAUGGAGACAAGGUCACCUGAGGAUAGUUCGUCUGAUACUGGUCUGUUGCCAAAUAGUAUGCGACAGGAUGACCAGAAUCAUGCUACUAAUCCAGAUAGCGAUGGUGAAGAACCAGAAUCUGAUAAAGGGAGUGAUAGUAGGGAAGAACAAAGGAGCAUUAGCGAUAGAAAUUUAGUCCCCCAGACUAUGCCUAACGCCGAUACCACUGAUGAUGAAUAUCCACCAGACUUUCAAGAUAUCCAAAACAGUAGCAGUAUCAGUCUUCGGCCUAAGCAACACUCGGCACGGAAGCGUGUUGCUAAGCCGUCAUUUUUCGAACAUGAGGCAGAGGGUAAUGCCAACAGUUUAACCAAACAGGCUUCUUCCUCGUCUGCCACAGGAAAGAAACAAGCUAAAAUCUCGGCUAUGCUUCAAGGAAACGGCAUUAAUACCCCCACACCAAAGAAAACCCCAUCCAAACGCCGUGCGCCUCCGAAGGAGACACAACCUCAUGAAUUGGCUACUGGCCAGUUUAGUGACUUCGAGCUUCGUAACAUCAGUCAAGCCGUUGAACGUUGGAGAGAUGACCACAACUUGACUCAAUCCGAAAUGAAUGAUCUUAUUCAGGGUAACCCCCGAGAAGUCAAAUCCCAAGAAUUUUGGGCUCGCGUUGUGGCUACUUGCCCAAAUCGUCGCCGUCAGAAAGUGAUAAAUCAGUGCCGCCGAAAGUUCCACAACUUUGUUGCUCGUGGUGCAUGGACUCCGGAGCAGCACGACGAAUUAAGGAAGAUGUGGGAGAUACAUGGAUCUAAGUAUGCCGUAAUUGGAAAGCUCAUCAAUCGUCAUCCCGAAGAUGUACGAGAUCGCAUACGAAAUUACGUCGUGUGUGGCGAGAGUCGGCGCGUUGACCCAUGGACCUAUGACGAAGAAGAAAAACUCCGGUCAAUAAUAUCUGACGCCGUCAAGGUAAUUCGGGAGCGCCGCCAAGAAGGACAUAUUGUAUCAGACGAGUCUGAUGAGGAUCUGAUUGAUUGGCAAAGAGUCAGCGAGUUGAUGAAGCGAACACGUAGCCGACUCCAGUGUAUUCAGAAGUGGAAGCUUAUGCAGAAGCAAGUGCAAGAUGGCGUUGGUAGCAUAGACGGCGGUGAGAAUCUUCCAAUCGAUCAGAUCAUUCAGAAUGCUCGGGACGAGGCAGAAACGAUAUCAAGUCGAGACCGAUAUAACAUUGUCAAAGCUAUUCGAACCUUCGGUGUCAAUGCAGACGGUCGUAUUCCGUGGGCGAAGGUUAGAAAGCAGUCGGGUGAUCGUUGGCGGCGUCCUACAAUCAUCUUAGUCUGGUACCGCUUGAAGCAUUCCGUCCCCGAUCAUGGUAUCAUGACUGUCCCUGAGAUUAUCAAACAACUCAGUGUGAAAUAUCAUGAAACCAAAGAACUCGACUUCCCAAGUGGCGAGGACUAUGAUCAAAAUGCGGAAUACAAUGAAAUCGAGCGCAAGGUCAACAAGAUCUUAAGCAAGACUCAGCGCGGACCAAAGACUCCAGCCACCGUUGUUAAGACCGACGAUGAGGAUGAUGAGGACGACGACGACAAUAAUGACAAAGAGAUCGCGAACGAUAAUAAGGAAAGUGACGCAGAUGAAGACAGCCAGGAAGAUGCAGAAAACAACGAGGAAGAACAGCAGAUUGGAGAGAAUAAUGAUAAGGCUGAAAACGAGGAGAGCGAAAGCAGUGUUCAAAGUAGAGGCGAGAGUGACGAGAGUGACGAGAGUGACCAAUCAGAGGACGAAGAGCUCCCAGAGCAAGUUAUAACGGAGCACACUUCUGAUGGCAGCGCCAGUCUAGGGAACAAUGUGGAAGAAGACGAAAACUUCCAGCGCGAAUCUUCGACUGAGUAUCCUAUCGCCAAUAUGAGGUCACAGAGAGUCUUAAAGAACCAGAAUCGUCGUAGCUUAUCCAAUAAAGCCAUGGCUUCUCGAACUCCAAUUUCCAGCAAGCGCAAGGUCGUCACGAAAAGGAACGAACCUAUUGAUAACGAGCAAUGCUUGGAUGUUGAGGAAGAACUGAGCAGUGAUACAAACGCAAGCGAAGUGGAGAGCAUUCCGGCACAUUUGUAAUGUGUAGGUAGUCUUGACUGUAGACGUAUACUACAUGAUAUCACCCUUUCCCUUUCCGCCAUGUCUUGCAGGAACCCAACGAGUUUCAUUCUGCAUCGGGAGCACUUUAUUAAGAGUAUCCUUGGUCUAGUAACUUCCCGAAGCUGUCUCUUCACAAGUUGGCAUAAACAGGUUUUAAGAUCUUUUAUCGAGCCGCUUAAAGCAACUCUCAAUUGGGAGCGCAUCGGCAAUUGCACCAACGAAUUUUUUUUGGUCUUUUGGUCUAGUUAUUGCCAAGCCUCAUCAUUGCAAUACUCGAUAACCCAAAUUCUCAAUACGUCGGCGUUCUUUGAUGUUGGCACAAGGGGCGGUUCAGCUUGUUACUUUUAGUCAGGUUUGGUUUAGUCUAAGAGAUUAAACAGUGCCAACAAUUUACGGGUUCUAGGUGAUGGAAAUAACAACCACUAAGAUGAACGAGUAGAGAAGCAAUGUAUGGCCACGAUACCCCUUACUGUAUUUUUAUAUAUACCUCUUGGGUAGGUAGGCACUUGUAAUUCCUGAUAGCUCGCGGGUGGACGAAGCAUGCCAGUUUAUGAGGAUUGUGUAUGGCACCUUGAACCAUGAAAUGAUCACUUCAUCUGGCUCUUUGCAGAUAGCCAAUAAUAUAAUAUUCUUGCGAAUUGACAAGAUAAUGCAAUGGUUCAGAC